AGAGGAAGCUUCUCUUCCGCCAUCGUCCCGUUCGCUUACUGACUUUUCGCUGAUUGCGUUGGUUUUUUGCGGAAAACCAUGGAGGUGUCAAUGGACCCUUUGUUUUUGGCGUGGAGCUAUUCGAGGAGGCGGAAGCUCCAGCAGUGCUCCGACAUUUGCACAAAUAUCCUGCAGGACAAUCCCUACGACCAGGACUCAUCCUUGCUUAUGUCGGAGGCUGCGUGGAGCUUGAAAACCCAUGCUCUGACAGAGAUGGUAUACAUUGAUGAAAUUGAAGUCGAUCAGGAGGGGAUUGCUGAGAUUAUGCUGGACGAGAGCUCUAUUGCUCAGGUUGCACGACCCGGAACAUCUCUGAGACUUCCUGGAACAAGUCAAGGUGGAGGUCCUACACCCGCUGUCAGGCCAAUGACUCAGUCAGGGCGUCCCAUCACUGGAUUUGUGAGGCCUAGCACACAGUCUGGGCGUCCUGGGACGAUGGAGCAGGCCAUCAAAACCCCGCGCACUGCGAGCACAGCUCGUCCUGUCACCAGUGCUUCUGGAAGAUUCAUUCGUUUGGGGACGGCUUCAAUGUUAACGAAUCCCGAAGGACCAUUUAUUAAUUUAUCAAGACUCAAUAUGUCCAAAUAUUCUCAGAAACCCAAUUUAUCAAGCACCCUAUUUGAGUACAUCUUCCAUCAUGAAAAUGAUGUGAGAAACGCUUUAGAUUUGGCUGCUCAGGCUACUGAACACGCACAGUUCAAAGACUGGUGGUGGAAGGUUCAGCUGGGAAAAUGUUAUUACAGGCUCGGUUUAUAUAGAGAGGCAGAAAAACAGUUUCGGUCGGCCCUCAAUCAUCAAGAGGUGGUAGAUACAUAUCUCUACCUUGCAAAGGUCUAUCAGCGCAUGGAUCAACCAAUUACAGCCCUCAACCUCUUCAAACAAGGCCUGGACCACUUCCCUGGCGAGGUCACCCUCCUGACGGGAAUCGCUCGCAUCCAUGAGGAGAUGAACAACAUUUCAUCGGCGACAGAGUACUACAAAGAUGUCCUGAAGCAGGACAACACUCAUGUGGAAGCGAUUGCCUGUAUAGGCAGCAAUCACUUCUACACGGACCAGCCUGAGAUCGCUCUCCGGUUUUACAGACGGCUGCUGCAGAUGGGUGUGUAUAACUGCCAGCUGUACAACAACCUGGGCCUGUGCUGCUUCUACGCCCAGCAGUACGACAUGACCCUGUCUUCGUUCGAGAGGGCUCUGGCUCUGGUGGCCAGCGACGAAGAGCAGUCGGACGUCUGGUACAACAUCGGACACGUAGCCGUGGGUAUAGGGGACCUUACGCUGGCCUAUCAGUGUUUUAAACUGACUUUGGCUUUUAAUAAUGACCAUGCUGAGGCCUACAACAACCUGGCCGUGCUGGAGCUGCGCAAAGGUCACAUUGAACAGUCGAAAGCGUUCCUGCAGACUGCGGCGUCGCUGUCCCCCCACAUGUACGAGCCGCACUUCAAUCUCUCGAUUCUCUCUGAUAAGAUCGGGGACCUUCAGAGCAGCUACACCUCGGCCCAGAAGUCCGAGGACGCUUUUCCGGAGCACGUCGACACUCAGCAGCUUCUUAAACAACUUCGGCAGCAUUUUUCGGAGCUUUGAGGGUCCCACCCCUGUCAGAUGUGGCAUUAAUGCUCGAAUGGUGAAGCAAGGAAAUGCUGAUUUGUUAAUAGAAGCACAGUUAUACUAAAGUACCAGGUAAUGGGUUACACCUCCAACAUAAAAUAGUUGUGUGUGUUGUAUCUCAUUGUGUUUCUGUAUGUCGUUUUUUGAGACUUCACAGUUUUGAAUUUAGAGGCUUUUACAGAUGUACAGACAUUUUGUAGGUAUCCUUAUUCUUUCCACAGUUUUGAAUUAGUCCUCUGAGCAUUGCCAAAAAAAAGGUGAUUCUCAAAGUAGAAACAUCUUCACUAGUUUUUACCAUUUGUGAGAUAUGCUGUAUGUACAUAGAAGAUCGAUAAAAAGGAUUUAGCAUACUUUUGUAUGAAGCAGAUAUAUUUUCAUAUCUGAAAGUUUCUUUACGUUUUUUCGUUGUCCAUACUCGACAAUUGAAACAUUUCAGACAACUGACACCACAGGCUUGUGUGUUGCAUUAACUGGAAGAUUUUGGCUCCAUUUCACAAAUCCACUUCAGGCUAUACCUGCAUGGAGCAUCGUUCCAUGAUUGGAAGGGGUUGUCUGCUGGAUAUACAGCAGCACAGUCUUCAUUUUGUUGGUUGUUGGGCUCUCCUACACGCCAAUACCUGUAAAAAGAAAAAUGAAACAACUUUGCUGCUUUAAAUUAUGCAUGUACUCAAUGGAAACAUUUCAAAAGUAGCUAAUUAGAUUACAUAAUAUAAUCUGGACCCAAGUGUGAACAAAGCAACAUAAAAAAACUCUCAUUAUAAAUUACAAAAACUUGAUCAGUGGUAAUCUGUGACUUCCAAGUAUGUAGAUUUUUUUAGAUACCCUUCAGAUAGUCUGGUCCCAUCGACCCAUUUCCAGACUCCUUCCUGGUCCUGGUCUGUCCGUCCAGUCCAGAGACCAGUCUGGUCACGUG